AAAACCCUAGAAACCUCAACAAUGGAGAUGCAGGAAUCGCUCCGAAUCCAUAGGAUACCGCAAUCGAAGUACGUCGACGGAGUCAGAUGGCUUCCACAGGCUUCCGCUCUGAACCGCUUCGUCGUUUUCGGGUUCUAUGAUUCGGAAUCUGACUCUUCCUCCGUCGAAGUCCAGUCUCUCGAUCCGAAUCCGAGACGAAACCCGAACCUGAGCCCGGAGAUCACCUGUCUGUCUUCAUGGACUUCUCCGGCUCGUGUUUCUUCCUUGGAAGUUUCCGGCGCAGGCGGUUUCAAGCCCAUCGUCUCCGUUGCCACUUCUUCAGGCUCUCUCCACAUUCUGACGGUGGAUUUGGUGGAAGGUGCGGAGAUGGAAGAGGCCUACGCGGCUGAGGGAGAGAGGUUUCACGUGGGUCGCGUGGAGAGUGUGGAUUGGAGGGAGGGAGGAGGAGAGUGUGUGACUGUUGGUGAAGAUGGGAGAGUGAACGUGGUGACGAUUGUGAAUGGUGAAGGUUUGAGGUACAAAAGGGUCUUCGACGGGAAGGGUUUGGUGGCUUAUAACGCAGUGAAAUGGGCAUCUCCGACAGAGUUUGUCACCGGAGGAUAUGGGUUUGGUCUGCAGUUGUGGGAUCAGAGGAAGCCCGGUGAAGCUGUUUCUCAGCUCAAAGGGAACUGGACUCAGUCCAGAACUUCAGGAAUUGUUCACUCGGUUGACAUUCAUCCAUCCCGGAAGCACACUUGCAUUGCAGGAGGGUCUUCAGGUACUGUUUUUGUUUGGGAUCUUCGCUGGCCGCAGCAACCUAUUCUUCUUUCUGGGAACUUUGCAAGUGAGAGUACGGACAGUCCCCUGUCUGAAAGUGAGGUAUGGGAGGUUCAGUAUGACCCAUACACGAAAUCCAACAUCUCAUCCUCAAAGAUACUUCCUGUUAUGAUCUGCUCUGAAGAUGGUAUCCUCGGUGUCAUCGAGCAAGGUGAACAGCCCGUUGAGCUCCUGGCUGAACCGUGUGCCAUCAACAGCUUUGACAUUGACAGGCAAAAUCCACAGGAUGUGAUAUGUAGCUUAGAGUGGGAAUCCAUAGCAGUCAUAACAAGGCCUUGAUAAAAGCAGGUCGAAGCUCUGAGUUAAAACUAUGUUUUGUGCUCCGUAUGAUAUGUUUUGGUUUUCUUCAUGGCCAUGAACGAUGAUGAUGCUGAUGAUAUGACGAGGAAGAAGAUGGCAUAAGCAACUAGAAUGGUGUUUAUAGUUUUUCUCUUAAGAGAAAACAUGGACAGAGUUAUGUUCCAACUCAAUCCAGUGUUCCAACUCUUCAAUAUCGUUUGGACAGAUUGCAAAAGAUUGCAGUGCUCUCCAGAAUCA